GCGGGCAGACGGCAUUGGAAGGCGCCGGAAGUGGUCGUGCUGGGGAGGGGUGGGAAAGGGGUUGGCCAGCUUGCUCACUGGGCUGCAGCUGGCCGCCUGGCUAAGGCGUAGUUUCACUCCUUUCCGAGAACCUGGCCCAUUCUCUCCGCUUCGGUCAACAUGGAUUUCAGGGAAAUUCUCAUGAUAGCUUCCAAAGGACAGGGCGUCAACAACGUACCGAAAAGGUACAGUUUGGCAGUGGGUCCUUCCAAAAAAGACCCCAAAGUUAAGGGUGUCCAAUCAGCAGCUGUACAAGCUUUUCUCAGAAGAAAAGAAGAGGAGCUCAGACGAAAAGCCUUAGAAGAGAAAAGGAGAAAAGAAGAACUAGUGAAAAAACGAAUUGAGCUAAAACAUGACAAGAAAGCAAGAGCUAUGGCCAAGAGGACAAAGGAUAAUUUCCACGGUUAUGAUGGGAUUCCUGUUGAGGAAAAGGCGAAGAAGAGACAAGCAACGGAAAGCCAUGCUAGUCAGGGAACAGACCAAGAGUACGAGAUGGAAGAAGAGGAUGAAUUCCUAGAAUACAAUCAAGCAGCGUCAGAGUCAGAGUAUGAAGAAGAGCAGGAACCUCCCAAAGUUGAAAGCAAACCAAAGGUCCCCCUUAAAAGUGCCCCACCAGUCAUGAACUUCACUGAUCUACUCAGGCUGGCUGAGAAAAAGCAGUACGAACCAGUGGAAAUCAAAGUAGUGAAGAAAACAGAAGAGCGGCCUAUGACUGCUGAAGAACUUAAGGAGCGAGAAUUUCUUGAACGAAAGCAUAGGAAAAAGAAACCUGAGACAGAUGCAAGACUACCUCCAACCAAAAAGGUACCCUUUCAGAAAGAAAGUGUGGGCACAAAACUUAGCAAAGUUUCUGGGGACAAGCAUCCUCCUUCCAAGGGUACUCCCCCUCCUCAUGCUGAGAAGAAAUCCAGACCCAGCACAGCUAAUGAGAAACACUUAGGUUUGUUUUCAUCUAAAUCCAUGCCAGGAGAGAGGACCAAAAUAGGAUCUGGCGGUUGCUCCCAACCCUCGCUUCGUGAGGGCCACGACAGACCUGUUUUCAAUGGGGCUAGAAAGACCCACUCGAGUACCUAUUCACCAGGUGUCCCAAAGACUUCUGCUAAAGGGACUCAGAAAUCUGCUGCUGAGCACAAAGCCAAAAAAUCUCCGCAUCCUAGCCAUUCCAGGUCUGGGUCCACGGUCACCCCACAUAACAAGGCUAAGAGUGCAGGUGUCAGGCCGCCAGGUGGCAGCUCCAGCUCAGCCCCUGGGAGGCCCAGCACAGGGACUGCUCAGCCUACAGUUACUUCUGGCCCCGUUUCCAGGCGCCAGAAUGGCAGCUCCAGCUCAGGACCUGAGCGAUCGGUCAGUGGAAUGAAGAGGUCAACUAGUGACUUCAGUCCUUUUGGACGGACAGUCCAGAGUCCUUCUGGACGGACAGUCAGCGGUACAAAUGGCCCUGGACGACCUGCAGGCAGCUCAAGUGGCCCUGGGCCUGGGCGACCCAUCAGUGGCUCAGGUGGUUCUGGGAGAUUGGUGGGCAGCUCUGGCGGCCCUGGGCGGCCGGUGAACAGUCCACAUGACCUUCGACGACCAGUGAGUGGCUCAGGACCCCCUGGGAGGUCAAUCAUUGGCCCUGGUCGGUCAGUAAGUGGCUCAGUUCCAGCUGGACGAACUGUCAGUAAUUCCGGUCCUGGAAGACCAGUGAGCAGCUUGGGACCUGGGCGAACAGUUAGUAGUUCAGGCACAUCCCUGAAGCCCAAGUGCACUGUUGUCUCAGAAACAAUUUCUUCCAAGAAUAUCAUUAGCCGGUCCAGCAAUGGACAGAUGAAUGGAAUGAAGCCUCCCUUAUCUGGCUACAGAUCUGCCCAAGGUCCUCAAAGGCUUUCCUUCCCUAGAGGUUACAAAAGGCAGCGAGAGUAUGAAGAGGAGGAUGAUGAAGAGUAUGACUCUGAAAUGGAAGAUUUUAUUGAAGAUGAAGGAGAACCUCAGGAAGAAAUAUCCAAGCACAUUCGUGAAAUCUUUGGCUAUGACCGAAAAAAAUACACAGAUGAAAGUGAUUAUGCCUUACGUUACAUGGAGAGUAGUUGGAAAGAGCAGCAGAAGGAAGAAGCAAAGAGUUUAAGAUUAGGUAUGCAAGAGGACUUAGAGGAAAUGAGACGUGAAGAAGAAGAAAUGAAACGCCAAAAGACCAAGAAACUGAAGAGGCGUUAGCUGCUGCUUUUAUUUUUGUGAAGUUCUGGAGAUACCCCGCUGCAAGGAAGAAGGAGCAGAAGAAGCCCCCUUAUCAUUUUAGAUUUGUUUUUGGGUCCUCGAGGAGAACGAAUGCAUAAUGUAUAGUUUGAGCAUAAAGUGUUUUCAAAUACUUUCCAGGGUGAAAUCUGUAAAGCAGAUAAUAUAAUGCCCAGUGAGUGCUCUUCUGAGGUUAACCGUUCAAGCUGCCACUCUUGACCCUGAUGAGCUGUGCCCUCUCAUGUGGGGCUGCUCACCAGGCAGCCCAUCUUCUCCUGUCCCUUUGCUAUUUUACAGAGGAAAAAAAAAAAGAUUGCCUCUUGACUUUCAUAAUUCUCCCGCUGCGUGAAUAGGGCUAUGGCCAGCUCCCAAACUUAAAAGUUUUGUCUUUUUAUGAGGAAUCUGGCCCCUUCGUGAAUGUUGUCAGCAAUAAAGCGACCUGUUCUAAUCUAUGUUUGGAUUGGGAACUUGAAAAUGUAGAGUAGGCUUUAUAAUUAUAUGGAUGUCAUCUCUGUGACUUUGAAGUAAAAAGUAGAAUAAAUAAUAUGGUAUUCUGCAUUAUUCAUGGAUUGGAUGCUGAGCAUUCUUAUUCAGUAAUUUAGGUGAUUAGACAGUUAACAAAAAUUUUCCAAGUUAGUAUACAACUUAUGUCAUUUAGUGUAAGAAUAUUCUUUUCCAAGUUUUCCUUUCAGAUUUAUUGUAAAAUAGAUGUUACUGUGCUGAUUUUUAUCUAAAAAUUCAUUUUUAUAUUGAAGAAAAAUACUUAUUUUAUUCAAACAUUAGAGUUGGAAGAGUAAUAGUUUAAAAAAUAAGCAAGUGACAUGUGAGGUUCCCCGGCUCCCCAUUCUCCUUCCCCAUUAUAGAGCUAUUUUGGAAUCCAAGGUGCCCUUGUACUUCUUGAUGUUAAUGACUUUGCAUUUUUAUCUUAAAAUUCCUUAGCAAUUAAUGGCAAAAACCAAAAACUAAAUUCAUGUGUAUCAAGAGCACCACCUUCUCUUUUUGCCCAUAUUGCACUUUUAUUUCAAACUAUGCACUGUGAAGAAAUUUUUUUUUCCCAGGUAGAAAAGGAUGUGCCCUGUAACGGGGGUUUUACUGGUCUGUGGAACUUCUUGCAUUCUCACCUUUCUUCAAGUCAUACCUGUUGACUUGCUCUCUCUUAAGCCUCAAGUCCAAGCAAUUCCAAUCAGGCAGACCUGGAGAGAAGCCAAGUUUCCAGGAAAGUCAGCAACAAAAUGAGAUACGAUGCUAGAGAGCAUUUGUCCUAGAUUCUACACGUGGAGGGUUGGGGACAGUGGGACAUAACUCGUAGGCUUGUAGAACAGUUCUACAAUAAACACUGUGGCUACCUUAACCCAUUGGAUGGUGGGGAUUAGGAAGUAGGAGAGGGUGUCCUACAAAGAAUCCUUCCUCUUCAAAAGGCCCCAAAUUUUUGUGUUCUUUUAUCCAUAAAGCUUUCUUGAUUCUUCAAGUUUGGGUAGUACAGAUGACCAUUCAUUAGCCUCCGUUAAUGGGAUGACCAUAUGACCCAGUCCCUAAGACUCUUGACUUAUUUUGAAUUUCAAACCUUGAAAGUGCGAGGAUUUAAUUUUGAAGUUGUAUCCUAUUGUGUCAUCAUCACUAGGAAUAAUGCCCUUUCCAGGGCUCCACAUAGAACUGUUAACGCUGGUGGCAGAAAAUCCUAUUAACUCUCACCCAUCACAAAUACCCUCAGUGAAACUGAUGUAAGGGUAAUGUGAUACUCUAUGAAAUAAAAUAGAUUUGGAACAUUACAGUGGUACCUCGGUUUUCGAACAUCUGUGUUGACAAACAUUUCGGUUUAUGAACACCGUCAAUUUUAUGGAUCUGUGGUAUCAUUAGAUUCAUG